UUCGUCACGUCCUGCUGCUCCGCAAACGCUCGAUAUCCCGUCUGGGCACCUCUCGAACAUCUCUACCGCGACACCACCAAGCUUUCGUAAGCUCGACCUGCAUCUCCGGCCCCAAUCGUGCGGCAUUGCUGCGCACCAUCCUGCGCAAACGUAGCUUGGCGCCCACUGGGUUGUGUGCGGCUUGUGCCAUCAUACAUCGGUCGCGGGUAGCCGCAGCAUGUGCGCGUUGCAAGUAGCAUGACUUCCAGCUCUAAGCGCGACUCCGUCUCCUCGAACUCCCCAGUGCCCAGCAGAUCAUUUCUGUCGCGACUGAAGUCGCCCUUGUCCUCCAAGUCGCGCAACUUCACCGACUUCUACAUCCAGUCGGACGACCCACAUCGCCAGUACGUCCCGGGAGACAUAAUAAGUGGGACCGUCAUCGUCAAGGUCGUCAAGCCUCUGAGGAUCACACAUCUGGUUGUCUCGCUGCACGGGUAUGCUCAGGUGUUCAAGAACCCAAAUGCGCCGGGAGAUGCAUACAAGAACUACUCGGCAACAGUUGGGUUGGGGAGAGGCAAGAAGCAGGGAAGCUACUUUGGCAAUGGCUUCGUAUCACUUUUUGAGGAUGAGGUAGUCCUCUGUGGUGAGGGCAAACUGGCAGAAGGUGUCUACCAUUUCAACUUUGAUCUGGAGUUCCCUUCCAAAGGCUUGCCAAGCAGCAUUGACUUUGAACGUGGUACAGUAUGCUACAUGUUGACAUCCACGUUGACGCGGCCGACAACAAUGUCGCCUACAACUACUUGCGAUGUCAAGGUUACUCUCAGGGAUGUCAUCGACGUUGCACCAAUCGCAGAGCCUAAACCUCGUGUCAUUUCCUUAGAACCUAUUUCACGGCGAACGCGGAACAAGCCUUCUCGGACGCGACCAGACACUGGAAUAUCAGAAAGUGUUCCUCUCACACCCAGUGGCCCAGAAGCACCACGGUUAGCUCCGAGAUUAGAGCCUCCAAAUGGAACACCGGAAGAGACCAUCAACCCCCGCAGCCCGUCACCAAGUGAAACAAGUUUCGCGAGUCAGAUGAGCAGCAGUGGUGCUUCAGGUACAGAGUACGGUAUUCGAUCUGUCAACACCGUGACUGACGCGGGUGGUUUCAUCGCUGCCAACGGGAGUCGACCGACAAUCAAGGGGAAAACCAUCACAGCCACAAUAGACGUUCUUAAAGGCGGCUUCCUCAGUGGCGACCAAAUACCGAUCAGGGUCACCGUUAAUCACAACAAACACGUCAGAAGUUUGAAGGGUAUCAUUGUUACACUUUACCGUCAGGCAAGGGUAGAUAUGCAUCCUGCACUACCCGUUGCACCUAACAGCAAAGGUGACAAAACGAAGUCAGAGGAGUACUAUCCAAAAUCUAGGACAGGACUUGGCGGGCUAUCUUUGUCAUCUGCAGGAUCGAGCCAUACUUUUCGCAAGGACUUGGGACAGUCGUUUGCACCGUUGUUCGUGGAUCCCAGGACGCUUACCGCGGACAUCAAGUGCUCUGUCCGAGUACCAGACGAUGCCUUCCCCACGAUAUCGAACGUACCAGGCGCCAUGAUUUCCUUCAAGUACUACAUUGAAGUUGUUGUGGAUAUUCAAGGAAAGCUUACUGGUCUGGAUCGUAUGGUAUCCAAUGCUGGUGUGGUCACCGUCCCAACGUCCACAACAAGCACACCAGGCGGAAUGGGACGUGAUGAAGCCGCAAGUAACACGUUUUCAACGUGGGGAGGAAACUUCGUCGACACGGAUGGCAUUCGCCGAGAAAAAGGCGUUAUCUCAUCACUGUUCGAGGUUAUCGUGGGCACGAAGGACAGCGAGAGGAAUGGCAAGCGGAAACAGACACAAGGGCUGCCGGCCAACAGUCAUAACGGCGUUCACGAAAUGCCCUACGGAUCUUACGACGACCCCGAUGCACCUGGCGGCUAUGAUCAGUACGACUAUGGGUACGAUGAGCAUGGUCAGUACUAUGGCGACUACGGCUACGAUCCAGCGUACUACGAAGUUCCUGGAUACAACGAUCGUGGUCCGGAUGCAGGCCAAUCAUACCAUGCUCCACCUGCACCAGCAUCCCAGGAGGAGGGUCUUUCAGAGAAGGAAAGGCUACGACGAGCAGAAGCUCUGUUAUUACCAUCACAACCACCUGGUGCUGCCGAUGGCCCUUCAACACCAGGUGGGGUUGUCCAACACGGCAUACCCGCGUCCGCACCAGUGCUACCAGAAGAGGAGGAUGACCUCAACCAACCAUACCUUCCUGAGGCUUCGUCGUCCUCCUCAGCCCCUUCUCACCCUCCACCACCAUUUCGCGCCGCAACAGAGCCCUCGAUGUCCUUCCAUGCGCCCACUCUCCCUCCAUCAAUACAACGCCGUACAACCGGCCUUACAGAAGAAGCACCGCAGACCCCCGCCACCGGGCCAUCGCUCACCAUCAACGCCACACAAACACCCUCCGCUCCACCAACAAAUGGUGCUGAAGACCACUCCAAAUCUCUCCCACCACUCCCCCCUCAAUCCCCACCCAGCGCGGCACCAGACUACUUCUCCUCCUUCUCGCACGUCCCCGCUACAGACGACAAGCAAGAAAUGCAGCGCCAGCGUCUAGAAAUGGAGAGCAGCGCGCCCCCGCCCGCACACAAUUCAUAUGAGGGAGAGAGCUCGCGGGGCCCGUCGGCGCUGCCUGUCAAUGGCAUGGACAGCAUGCGUCUUGCACCCGGGCACCUGGCGCCGUCGGCACCGAUGCUGGAUGAUGACGAUGAAGAAUUGGCGGCGGCUAUUACGCCUGUGAGGAGUCGAGUGCUGAACGAAAGGCCGGUUAGUGAAGCGUUGCCUGAGUAUCAAAGGUGAUGUGAGAGCAUGGCGUUUUUGGCGAAGCGUAUGGCCCUUAUAAAAGAGAGGAGUUUUGUUUUGAUUGCGACUUAUAAAUUUAUGAUACCUUGUUCAUGUAGAGAUUGAUGACUAUACCACGUUGCAUCGUUCGAGGGUUUUCUCUGCCAUAGCUUGUAUGUGAAUUCAAUGCUUCAGAGUCCUGUUCACUCUAGUUACAGUUGGAGUUUGAAUCAGUAGAGAUCGCAUGCCUGAGCAAAACCCGCCGAGCCACCACUUGCACCUAAGCAUUCGCGUCUGAUGCUUGAUAACUCAACAAAAGCUUUACUCUCAUGGCCCUCCUUGUACACCGCCC